AAAGAGCUACAGACUGCCCUGAAGCCCUUACAGGACUUAAAUAGCGUUAAACUAUCAUGUGAUCAAACAGCAGAGCACAUUAACGUAAGAAUAAUGUUUUGAAGUAUCAGUCAGAGAAUGCAACAGUUUUGAGCAAAUGUAUUUGACCCUGUAUAUACUCCAGAGGCAGAGUGAGGCCCAGCACACAGAGGCAGAUGGAGGAGCUUGAGAAGCUUCACCAGUUUCUAUGAAAUGACAAGGUGGCCAGGAUAGCUUCUCUGAGAGAGGAAGAGGAGCAGAAGAGUCAGAUGAUGAACAGAAGAUUGAGGAGAUGAGCAGAGAGAUAUCAUCACUUUGAAACACACUCAGUGUCUUAGGGGAGGAGUUGAGAGCUGAAGACAUCUUAUUCCUGUAGGUCAGGACUGCUCUCUCUAAAGCCACAUGAUUUAUCAGUAUAUUGAUUGACUGAUUAUUAUUGAUUGAUUGAUUGUUUAAUUCAAUCUGGUAUUUCUGAAAUACAAUGAGUCUGGUCUAAGAUACAUUAAAGCAGCCUGACCCCUCAGCACUUAUAAACUAUUGCAGCAUAAAUACUGCAAUAUGUAUACAAUUUACAGGGAACCAGUAUAGUCUUAGAUCACAGAUAUGUAGUGUCUAAUUUCUGUUUUCUCUGUUCAGCUCCUGUGACUCAAACACUGCCCAAACACUGCCCAUCCACGUCUCAUCCUGUCUGAGGAUCUGAUCAGUGUGAGACGCAGUGAUGACAAACAGCAGUUUCCUGUCAACCCAGAGAGAUUUGAUAUAUACAGUAUGUAUGGGUCCUGGGCUCUGAGGGCUUUAACUCAGGGACACACAGAAGAGUCAGUCCAGAGGAAGGGAGCAGUUAGGAGUGGAUAUUGGCUAUUGAAGCAGUUUGAUGCUAAAUACACAGCACAAGGCCAUCCACUGACCUCAUAG